GCAGCAACGCAACUCCGCCUUGACAGAGCUCUCCUUCUCCCCCCAUCGACACAGCACAUGCCCCAUUCCUCGUCAUAAUCAUCUGUUCUCUUGACCCAGUUUCGUCAUUUACAUCCAAUUGUCAAAGCCAUGAACGAGACAGCGUCCUGCAACGACGCGGCCUUUGGCCCCGUCGUCGAGGGCUGCCGCCAGGACUUUGACUUUACCCUUGCCUUUGAGCAGUACAUCUUCACCCUCGUCCCUUCGCUUGUCUUCCUUCUCGCCGUUCCGCUCCGCAUCGCGUCCCUGCGCAAGAACUCGACCCGCGUCGACGGGCAGUUCCUACGCCUCUCGAAACUCACCGCCAUCGCCGUCUUUGCGUGUCUGCAGUUGACGCUGCUUGUCCUCUGGGCCACCCAGCCCAGCGUCCAAGGCAAUCGGACGUCGGCAGUUGCCGCCUCGGCGCUCUCCCUCGCGGCUGGGCUGGCGCUUCUGCCCCUGUCGUACCUCGAGCACGCGCGCUCGCUGCGGCCCUCGCUCGUGGCUAGCGGCUAUCUCGCCGUCAGCGUGCUGCUUGACGCCGCCACACUCCGGACCCUGUGGCUCUCGUCGUUGUCAACAGCAGGAGCAGGCACGACAAUCGUCACCGUCACAAACUCGACCAUCCGCGACAUCUACACGGCCUCAUUUGCGCUCAAAGUGGUCGUUCUGCUCCUCGAGGCCGUGUCAAAGCGCAGGUUCUUCCUGGCGAGCUACCGCGGCCGCAGCCCCGAGGAGUCGAGCGGCCUGUUUGGUCAGGGACUGCUGCUAUGGCUCAACGACAUUGUCUUCUACGGCGCGCGGCACCUGCUCAAGCCCGCGAGCUUGUAUCCCAUCACGGCGGACAUGGCGUCGGAGAAACUGGGCAACCAGUUCUGGGAUCUGUGGACAAAAGCCCAAUCACAAAAGCAAACGCCCUCGCUCAACGGGACUCUUUUCAAGCUGCUGGGGUUCUCGGUCGUGCUGCCCGCGCUGCCGCGGCUGGCGCUGCUGGCCCUGACGCUGUGCCAGCCGCUCAUGCUGCAGCGCCUGCUGGCGUAUCUCGAGGACCCGGUCGCGCGGCAGGACCCCAAGAUCGGCUACGCGCUUAUAGGCGCCACGGUGGUGAUAUACGUUGGCAUGGCGAUCUCCGCGGCCGUCUUCUGGCACCGGCACUACCGCUUCAUGGCCAUGCUGCGCGGCACGCUCAUCACGGCCGUGUUCCGCAAGGCCACGCUGCUGCCAGCCUCGGGCCCCGCGAGCGCCGCGACCAACGCGAAGACCGUCACGCUCAUGAGCGCCGACUGCGAGCGCAUCACGCGCGGGCUGUUGCCCCUGCACGACCUGUGGGCUGACGUCUCGCAGGUCGCCAUCGCGACGUACCUGAUCGAGACGCAGCUGGGAGUCGCCUGUGUGGCGCCAAUUGCGGUGACGCUGGUCACGACGGCACUGACCGUCUACUUUGCCAACAUGACGCCUGCCUUCCAAAUGCUGUGGGUCGAAAAGGUCGAGGCGAGAAUCGGCGUCACCACGUCCGUCCUGGGCGCCAUGAAGGCAAUCAAGAUCACAAACCUGACCUCAAAGGUUGGCGCGCUCCUCAACAACCUCCGCGAGGACGAGCUCCGGUCGGCCAGGAAGUUCCGCAUCGUGUCCAUCAUCACGGCAACAGUCGCGACCGUCCCCCAGCUUAUAUCCCCCGUCAUCACCUUUGCCGUCUACAUCGCCGUCGCCCGGCGCAACGAGGGCGCCGCUUUGACCGCGACCAACAUGUUCACCUCGCUCUCCUUGCUCCUUCUCAUCGGCGAGCCCCUGUUCAGCCUGUUCGAGGGCAUGAUCAGCGUCAUGACGGCAGUCGGCUGCCUGGCUCGCGUCGAGGAGUUCCUGCGCACACCCACCCGCGAGGAAAGGCGCGAGUUCCUGCGGACCCUGGAGCGAGGUGAUAGUAGUGGUGAUGCCGGUGCUGCUACUGCUGUGUCGCCCUCGGCAAGCGCCGACGGGAAUGAGGACAACAAGACGAACUCGACCGAGUUUACCGCAAACACGACUGGUAUCGCGAUUGAGCGGGGCCAGUUCGGCUGGGACCUCGACACCAAGAAGCCGGUGCUGAGUGGCAUCGAAUUGGUCGUGCCGGCCGGCAAGAUCACGGUCGUCGUGGGUCCCGUCGGGUGCGGCAAGUCGACCCUCGUCAAGGCGGUACUGGGCGAGACCGCGCUGUGGGAGGGCAGGAUGGUCUUGUCCGACCCAGACGUCGCGUUUUGCGACCAGUCGCCGUGGAUCAUGAACGAUACGAUCAGAGCAAACAUCACCCAUGCCUCUGUGUUUGACGCCGAGCUCUACUCCAACGUGCUUCGGAGCUGCGAGCUGGUGGCCGACCUGGCCACGAUGGACAAGGGCGACAUGACGAUCGUCGGGAGCAAGGGCUUUUCUCUCAGCGCUGGGCAGAGGCAGCGUGUGGCCCUCGCUCGUGCGGUGUACUCCCGCAAGAAGAUUGUCCUCCUCGACGACGUGUUCAGCCAGCUUGAUGCCAAUACGCAGAGUGUUGUUGCUCGGAGCUUGCUUGGUCCCGAUGGACUGUUUCGCCGCUGGGGGACGACUGUGUUGAUGACUUCUUCUUCCAGCCGAUUCCUUUCCCGCGCCGACCAGGUCAUCGCCCUCGAUGCAUCGGGUACCAUUAUACAGAACGGUGCUUUUGCAGAGCUCUCGAAAGUCGACGGGUACAUCCGCGAGAUCAGCCAUGACCAUAACCACACGGAUGAAGGGAACAACACGGAGAAUACCGCAGAAAGCGACGACGCAAUGAGCUCGAGCGCACUGCCUGCCAAGGAAAACACGGAUACCGCGACUGUGUCCACUGCGACCGAAGAUUUUCAGAACCCGUCUACGGGCAGUGGCAGCGGAGACGCCGACAGCGACGCCAAGCCGCCUGCUACGGAGAAUGCGAUAUACAGAUACUACCUGUCCUCGGUCAAGAAGGUGGAUAUGUUCACGUUCUUGUUCUUCCAGACGCUCGUUGCUUUCCUGGCUUGCUUCUCGUAUGUAUGGCUCAAGUGGUGGACCGACGAUAGUGCGAGCUUCCCCUACGGCACAUCGGCAUACUACAUCGGCGUGUACGCGGUUAUCCAGACUGCUGCCAUGAUUGCGACUGGGCUGUCGACUCUCUGGUGUCUCAACGCUCUAGCUGUGACCACGGGAAUUCAACUACAUGCCACGCUUACCCAGACUGUAAUGUCGGCGACGCUCCAGCUCUUCAGCUCGACGGACAGUGGAAGCAUCAUGAACAGAUUCACGCAGGACAUCCAGCUCGCCGACAUUCAGCUCCCGCUAUCCGUUCUCAUCUGCGUCGGCCACUCCCUCGCUGUGAUCGGCCAGGCAGGCCUUAUUGCCUCGGCGUCCGGAUGGAUCGCAAUCAGCUACCCCGUCCUGUUCGCCGUCUUCUACUUCAUCCCUUCGUAUUACGUGCGCACGGCGCGGCAGAUGCGCACUCUGGACCUCGAGGAGAAGGCACCGAUUUACGCCCAGUUCCUCGAAUCCCUCGAGGGCAUGACCACCCUCCGCGCCUUCAGCCACACUCACGCCGCCGUCUCGCACAACCACGCCCUUGUCGAUCGCUCCCAGCGGCCCUGGUACCUCAUGUACGUCAUCCAGAAGUGGCUCGGCGUCGUGCUGGACCUCGUCAUCGCGGGCCUGGCGACCCUGGUCGUGGGGCUGUCUGUCGGACUGCGGGACAAUUCUUCUUCCUCUGGUGGCGGCGGGAGCGACGCCGGGUUCACAGGCGUAUCGCUCACGCAGAUCGUCUCGUUCACGUCGUACCUCAAGCUCCUCAUCCUGUUCUGGGCCCAGCUGCAGAUGUGCAUGUCUGCUGUCCAGCGGAUCCGGAGUUUUAGCCAGGACACUGAGGCCGAGCGGGAUUUUGAGUCUGUGGGUGACGGGAGCAACGCAGCUGAGGUUGCCGAUGAGUGGCCUGGCCGUGGAGGAAUCGUCAUUCAGGGGUUGAGUGCAAAGUACAAGCCUGAGAGCACAGAGUUCGUCCUCAACGACAUCAACCUCGACAUCAAGCCCGGCGAGAAGGUCUGCAUCUGCGGCCGCACAGGCAGUGGCAAGUCCUCCCUCGUCCUCGCGCUAUUCCGCCUCCUCGACCCAUCCACCGGCUCCAUCACCAUCGACGGCACAGACAUCACGCAGAUCCCGCGCUCCACGCUGCGCAGCCGCGUCGUCGGAGUCGCUGAGGAGCCGUUCUUCCUGCCCGGGACGGUGCGGGAGAACAUGGACCCGUGGCGGGAAUCGGAAGUUAUCAGUAGUAGUAGUAAUAGUAGUGACGACGCGGACAUGAUUGCCGCGCUCGACGAGGUCGAGCUGUGGCGUGGCGAGGGCAACCUCGAGAGCCGCGGCGGGCUGGAUGCCGCGAUCGACAAGGAUGCGCUAAGCACGGGGCAGCGACAGCUGUUCAAUAUCGCACGGGCGGUGCUGAGAAGAAGAAGAAGGGGAGGCGGGGAGAAGGAGGAAGGAGGGGUGGUUGUGAUGGAUGAGGUUACAAGCAGUCUCGACAUCCAAUCCGAGCGCAUCGUCAAGAACCUCAUAGAGACCCGCCUCGCCUCGCACACCGUGGUCGCCGUGAUCCACAAGCUCGCCUUCGCGGCCGGCUUCGACAGGGUUGCCGUCAUGCACGAGGGCCGCGUGGUCGAGUAUGACACGCCCGCCGCGCUGAUGGCGCAGGAGGGCGGGUCGCGGUUCCGCGAGCUCUGUUUGGCCCAGGGUGUUGUCAGUGUGGGCGGCGGCAGUGGCAGCGACUAGGGGAGGGGUGGUCGAAGAAGAGUGAAUGACCUGAUCCCCACGAUGGGACGGGGGGCAUGUGGGUUUUGACGGG